AUGAAGGCCGACCAGCGUGUAGCUACUGCCAUCGCCACGGCUUCAGAUGUGAUUACCGCGACCACACUAGACAAAGGCUUUAGUAAUGAUCAGAAGCUCGACCUCCUGCUGGAGCGCCUUUCCCGAUUUGAAGAGAGGAUAACUCUCCUCGAAACUUGGAGUAGCAAUACAGAUGGCCAGACCGCAGGAUCCUGGAGAUAUCCAGACCCUCCAGGAGCAGGACGAAUUUCACCAGAGACUCAGAACGUGCUGACUCAAAUCCCUCCGUAUCAGCUGGAAGCCGAUGACCUGCAGCAAGGCAUGACUAUCAGCCGGUCUCAUAACGCCACGGCUCAUUACAGCAAGCGCGUCUCCCACUUUGGCGACAAAGCUGAAGGUGACAUUUUGACGGUGUUUGAUGACGAUCCAAAGAGAGCACGAUACGUUGAAAAGACACCUCUGGAGUGUGAAGAAUUGAGAAGUCCUAUCCUUGACAUCUUGUCCGAAACCGAGCCUACCAAAGUUAGCGACGUGGUGCCGUUCGUCGAGGACUUCCUCGACCAUCUUUUUGACCUGUAUCCCAUCACGUGUAGCGAUACCGUCCAAAGGAUGGUGGAAAUAGUCAAAACAGACGGGUUUCGGGACGACAUCAGCUCCUGCUUUGUCCUGCUCAUCGUCGCCCUUUCAAAGGCGUACAGAAGCAACGCACCUGUGCACGCCGGUCUGGCCGACUUCCAGCGAGCCAGCCAAAUCCUCAGCCGACUCAGUAGUCAGUCAAGCCUCGAAUAUGUCAUCGUCCAAGUCAUGUCGGCUCUGUUUCAACUGAAGAUGGGACGGCUUGUGAACUUUUGCAUCACAGUCCACACAGCGUGUGAUGCACUCUCUACUCUGAUCAGACGAGACCGUUCCACGAAGACGAUACGUAACCAGUUGGACCAAAACAGUAUUAGGCGCAUGUACUGGAUUUGCUACAAUUUUGAGCACGAGGUGCUGAACGAGGUUGACAGCUCUCUUCCUCAGAGUUCUCUGUAUCUUCUAGAGGAGAGUCUCGCUCUGCCCCUUGGCUGCGACGCGUCCCCAAGGUCCAGCAUGCAAGUUCAAAUUCGCGACGCCUUCAUGUUCUUCCUCGCAGAGAUGUCGCUUCGCACGACCCUCGCGAGGAUAAUCGCGCUUCCGUCCGUCGAGAGCAACAUCGACACCCCGGGCGCAUCGUUCGAUCAUAACCUGGGAGUCGCCGCAGAGGUCUCGCCGCUCACCAGGGAACUUCGGAGCCAGCUGGACGGAUGGGCCGCACGUUUGCCAGACUGCCUCGGUUGGUCGCCAGAGCCAGGGAAAGGCGUUUCGUCGCCUUUGGCGAGACGUCUGAAGUUGCUCUACUGGUUUGCCAGAUUCGCCCUGUACCGACCGCUCAUCCUCGUCGCACAACAGCAUCCGACGCUUCGUCUGCAGAAUCUCGAAUGGUCUAUACUGCACGAGGGCCUCCUUUCCGCACUGACCUUGGUGAGGGCUUUUGUGACUGAAGACCCUGACGUUGAUAUAUUUGAGGGAAAUAAAAUUCUGUCAGCGAUAUAUGCGGUCAAGACAAUGACUUGGACCCAUUCCCUUCUCGCAAUGUUUGCGCUGAAUCCAGACCAGAUCCUUCAACAAGGCAUCGAUUCGCUGCGGUCCAAGUUUGCUGACCGGAGCGAGUGGCUUCUUUGUAAAAUGUAUCGAAUGGACUUGGUUAACAGCUCAUAG